AGGGUUACGGCAGAAUGUGCAUAUGAGGAAUCAAGGGGAUGUAUGUGGCGUGUACAUGCUUCUGUUGAAAAAACAAAUGGGUUCUUCUACAUAAGGACUUUGAACAAUGAACAUACGUGUGGUGUGGCGGUUCGUACGAGUAAACAUUCGAGGAUGACUUCCAGCUUGGUUUCUGGGCUGAUACUUGAAGAGGUAAGUGCAAAACCUUUAACUCGUCCAGUGGAUGUUGUGAAAGGAAUGAAAGACAAGUAUGGGGUCUCAAUUAGUUAUAACUGUGGUUGGUUGAGUGUUGAGAAAGCAAAAUGUAGUACAUAUGGGGAUUCUUGUUUGUCAUUUGAUCAAUUACGGUGGUAUUUUGAUGAGGCAUUGAAGAACAAUCCAGGGAGUCGUUUUGAGUUAGAUUUUGAAGAUAACAAGCGUUUCAAAAGAGUGUUUGUGGCUUUUCAUGCAUGCAUUGCUGGUUUCAAAUAUUGUCGGUCAUUGCUUUUUCUUGAUGGAACAUUUUUGAAAGGACGAUACAAAGGAGUUAUGCUUGCUGCAACGGGGAAAGAUGGGAAUGAAGGUUUUUUUCCUGUAGCUUUUGCUGUUGUUGAUGCUGAGAAUAAAGACAAUUGGUGUUGGUUUCUUGAACAUUUAUAUGGAGUAUUAGGAUUAGAAAGGGUGAUAAGUUUCAUAUCAGAUCGACAUUGUGGAAUUGUGGAGGGAAUUGCUAGCAUUGAAGAUGCUAUGAUUUUACCUCCAUUGAGCAAGAGACCUGUUGGGAGGCCGAAGAAAAACAGAAUUGCUUCUAUUGGAGAGUUUAAAAGGAGUUUGUGGAAAGACUCAAGAUUUUCUGAUGUUUAUAGGUUGAGGCAAGACGUACGCAUCAGCAUCAAGCACUUCUUUGUCCUUCGUGCUUUGCUCAACUUGCUUUACAGCUUGUUUUGA